AAGGGGGUGUCUGCAGCGACGUCAAGCUGCCACUCGCAGGCACUUUCUCACUUGUGCGCUGAGCUGCUGCAUUUACAAAUAGUUUGCAGGCCUGUGCGCAUGCCUGGGCAGCCAGCCAGCCACCCCCCCCCCCCCCGUUUCAUGAAUGCUCAAGUAGAUUGUGACGGCUCCUCCGCUGCACCAAUGCACAAAUUCGAGGAGAUAAAAACCUUCAGGUGUCUCACACCGAUCGGGGGCUUGUUGUACGAGUGAUCUCGACGCCGUUGCCUCUGCGACAAAGCCGGUUGUAAUGUCCAGCUCCGGUUACACUUGUAUCGGGGACAGUAGCCGUUCGUUGCAACGUCGCUUCUCGCACAUUCCUUCAGAUUACUACUAGCGUACAUAUCGUCAGGCUGUCCCAGUGAUACCCGUGAGCUCUUUCGGUAGCGGCGGAUCCUUUCGCGUGUUUCUGUUUUCGAGCUUUUUAUUUCUAUUUUACAUAUAUUUUUUUAUUUUUAGCCUUGUGUAACGAUUGCAUCGAAUGACGGAAAGCCUUUAGCCAGGAAAGGGUGGUAUUUCCCAAGGACCUCCGUGUCUUUCUGGGCAAUGAAUUCCAUGGCAGAGGGAUUCCUUUCACGUCCCAGAUGUAUAGGUUUGGGUGCCUUGGUAUUCCUCGCGAUUGGACUUGAGUUGCUCUCUCCUGUGAAUGGGGCUCUGGCAGCGCAUCUCGGUGGAGGUGGGCGGAGACAGAUCUCGGAGGACAUGAAAUGGAAGGUAGAGCAAGAGGCAGACAGAGUGUGGCUGCCGGAGCAACCGGCAGUGAAUUUCUCGCAAUACGCUGGAAUGGUCACAGUAAAUGCUACAGCAGGGCGUGCAUACUUCUACUUCUUCGUUGAAUCUUCAGAAGACGCGCCCACGAAGCCACUGACAUUGUGGCUGAAUGGAGGUCCAGGAUGCUCGUCAUUGGCAUACGGGUUCGCGGAGGAGUUUGGGCCUUACCGUAUUCUUCCUGACGCAUCUGGGGUCUAUCUCCAUGAAUACGCAUGGAAUAGAGCUUCCAACAUGCUGUUCCUGGAAUCCCCCAGUGGAGUUGGCUUCUCUUACUCCAACGUUUCUUCUGAGAAUCGAAUAGGUGGUGAUAAAAGAACAGCCGAUGAUAACUACCAUUUCUUACUCAACUGGUUCGAGCGAUUUCCACAAUACAAACACCGAGAUUUCUACAUUGCAGGAGAGAGCUAUGCCGGCCAUUACGUACCACAGCUCGCAAAGCUUAUCCUUGAUCGCAACGUAGGAGCAGAUCUGAAGAUCAAUUUGAAGGGCUGCUUGACUGGAAAUCCUGUAACCGACGGAUACUGGGACAAUGUUGGCAACAUCGACUACUGGCAUUCUCAUGCCAUAAUUUCGGAUCAAACUUGGGAGAAAAUGAAGAAAGAAUGUAAUUUCAGUGACCCGCAUUGCUGCACCAAAGCUUGCGAUAGGCUGUACACCUAUGCAGAGACACAUGAAUUUGGACAAAUUGACCCUUACAGCAUCUACACAGCGAAUUGCCUCGAAACAAUCAGUUACAGCAGCGCGCACCGAAAGUCGUAUUUGACUGUUCGGCCGAACAAUCCGUUUAUGCAAGGAAGAAGAGGAUACGAUCCCUGCACGGGGAAUUACGCAGAGAUCUACUUCAAUCGACCGGAGGUGCAGAAAGCUCUACAUGCAAACAUUAGUGGCAUCAUACCAUACAAUUGGACUGGAUGCAGUUCGGAGCUGCGCAACUGGACGGACUCGGCCUUCUCCGUUAUCCCUGUGUACAAAGUACUUAUAAAGGCUGGACUGAAGAUCUGGGUAUUCAGUGGUGACGCGGAUGCUGUGGUGCCAGUGACUUCAACGAGAUACGCGCUUGCUGCGAUGAAGUUGCCCAUUGUGAAGCCGUGGUAUGCAUGGUAUCACCAUCGACAGGUUGGGGGACGCGUACUAGAAUACGAGGGCUUGACGUAUGUAACGAUAAGAGGGGCAGGACACGAAGUCCCACUGCUGCAACCAGGCAGAGCCUUUCAUAUGUUUAAGUCCUUCCUUGAUGCGAAACGACUUCCCAAUUCACCAUAUAAAUAGAGUCUUCUCCCGUGAUAUCCAGCGAGAAUGGAGGAGAGUGCAGCGUUGUGACUGCCGAUUUCUCUUUUUAUGUGUUGGGUGGGCUGUCGUGCUGAAAUCGACUGAGAUGUUCUCGUCAUGUGCAUGAAGUAGGAGAUUAGACGAGAUGCAACUGCAAGACAAGAGUCGCUCAAGAAGAUGGGUCUCUAAACGCUAAUACCUCUUUUCAGUCAAGCGGCUCUUGAUCAUUGCAGACGCUAAUUUUUUUAUGUUUUUUUCUAAGUCAGGAAUUGAUUUGUAGAAAACUAUGCUAGCGGGGUAGAGAUGAGAAAAUGUGAAGAUCAUAUCGAAUAAAAAGAAUUUGUACAUUGACUUCC